AUGUUCAAACCCACUUCUCCCCUCAUGGGGGGCCUCCUCUGGAAAAUCCCGUGGCGUCUUUCCGCCCCACAGAAGGCCCGCCAGCGCAAACGGCUUCGGGCAGUCGACAAGGUGGUCGACACCGUCAGCGCCGCGCUGGAGCGCAAGGGCAUGACCAGCAAGGCCGUGACGAGGUGGUUUGCUGAGAUGCCGCGCGAGGAGGAAAUGUUGCCCAAGGACAAGUAUACGAUUUUCGACCGGAAGGAGAAGAAGUAUCGGAAGGGGAUACAUAGUAUGUUUUUCCUUUUUCCUAGCUCCCCAAAUGGACCCGAGUCAGCCAACGAGUCAAUCCCCCCGGAUUCUGAACGCCCAAUUCCAUCCCUUCCACGCAUUACCCCGUUUCUCCACUCGAUGUGCAUGUAUACUGCCAUACACAUUAUGACAGGCACACACCCAGCAGAUCCUACUACCGGCUGA